CAAAGUUAAAAGGUUCUACUUCGGCCCCGCUUCUAAACCUUUCUCCCGACAUCUUCUUUGUCUGUUAAGAGCUCAUUUUAUUACUGAAAUCCACCCCAUUGCGGUUCUUUUAUUAAAGUAUCACAAUCUCAUUAGCGGUUCAUUUGGACCCAUAACCGGAAUCUGUCCUUUUGUUUCUGGGUUCUUUUAAUUCUUCCUCCUCUUUGCUUGUUUCUGUAUUCAAAUUUGGAACUUGUUUUGAGCUCCUUCUGUUGAUUUUCUAUCUGCAAUGGCUCUCUCUGCAUGUUCAUUUCCUGCUCAUGCAAACAGGGCUACAAUCUCAGAUCUUCAGAAGUACAGUUAUGUCUCUUCUCAUUUCUUAUGGAGAGCAGAUCUAUUGGCUCAAUCUCUUCACAGACUUAAUAAGGUAAAGAGCAAGAAAGGGCCAGGAGGGGUUUGUGCAUCACUGUCAGAGAGAGGAGACUAUCACUCGCAGAGACCACCAACACCUCUAUUGGAUACCAUAAACUAUCCAAUUCAUAUGAAAAAUCUAUCAAUCAAGGAACUAAAGCAACUAGCGGACGAGCUGCGGUCCGACGUUAUCUUCAAUGUUUCUAGAACUGGAGGUCACCUGGGAUCAAGCCUUGGUGUUGUUGAGCUCACUGUGGCUCUUCACUAUGUUUUCGGUGCUCCUCAAGACAAGAUACUGUGGGAUGUCGGUCAUCAGGCUUACCCACACAAAAUCCUGACUGGAAGAAGAGACAAGAUGCACACUAUGAGACAGACUAAUGGACUUUCUGGCUUCACGAAGCGAUCAGAGAGUGAAUAUGAUUGCUUUGGAACUGGCCAUAGCUCUACCACUAUAUCUGCUGGCUUGGGGAUGGCAGUUGGGAGAGAUCUAAAAGGAAGAAAGAACAACGUAGUUGCUGUUAUAGGCGAUGGUGCCAUGACAGCUGGACAAGCUUAUGAAGCUAUGAACAAUGCGGGGUAUCUGGACUCUGAUAUGAUUGUUAUUCUCAAUGACAAUAAACAAGUUUCUUUACCAACUGCUACCCUUGAUGGACCCAUACCACCAGUGGGAGCUUUGAGCAGUGCUCUUAGUAGAUUGCAAUCAAACAGGCCUCUCAGGGAACUAAGAGAGGUUGCUAAGGGUGUUACAAAGCGGAUUGGUGGACCCAUGCAUGAAUUGGCAGCAAAGGUUGAUGAAUAUGCUCGUGGUAUGAUCAGUGGUUCUGGAUCAACGCUCUUUGAAGAGCUUGGAUUAUAUUAUAUUGGUCCUGUUGAUGGCCACAACAUAGAUGAUCUUAUAUCUAUUCUCAAAGAGGUUAAGAGUACUAAAACUACAGGUCCAGUCUUGAUACAUGUUGUCACUGAGAAAGGUCGGGGAUAUCCAUAUGCUGAGCAAGCUGCUGACAAGUACCAUGGGGUGACCAAGUUUGAUCCUGCAACAGGAAAGCAAUUCAAGGCAAGUGCUAGUACCCAGUCCUAUACAACAUACUUUGCAGAGGCUUUGAUUGCAGAAGCAGAAGCAGACAAGGAUAUUGUUGCAAUUCAUGCUGCAAUGGGAGGUGGAACUGGCUUAAACCUCUUCCUUCGUCGUUUCCCAACAAGAUGCUUUGAUGUUGGAAUAGCAGAACAGCAUGCAGUUACAUUUGCUGCAGGAUUAGCCUGUGAAGGCCUUAAACCAUUUUGUGCAAUCUACUCAUCUUUCAUGCAGAGGGCUUACGACCAGGUAGUACACGAUGUGGAUUUGCAGAAACUGCCAGUGAGAUUUGCAAUGGACAGAGCUGGGCUGGUUGGAGCAGAUGGUCCCACACAUUGUGGAGCAUUUGAUGUCACUUUUAUGGCAUGCCUCCCUAACAUGGUGGUGAUGGCUCCUUCUGAUGAGGCAGAACUUUUUCACAUGGUUGCUACUGCAGCUGCCAUAGAUGAUCGUCCUAGCUGUUUCCGAUAUCCAAGGGGUAAUGGUGUUGGCGUUCAGCUUCCCUCAGGAAACAAAGGCAUUCCUCUUGAGGUUGGUAAAGGCAGGAUAUUGAUAGAAGGGGAAAGAGUGGCACUCUUGGGUUAUGGUACAGCAGUUCAGAGCUGUUUGGCUGCUGCCUCUUUAGUGGAACCCCAUGGACUUCGUAUAACAGUAGCAGAUGCUAGAUUCUGUAAACCUUUGGAUCAUGCCCUCAUUCGAAGCCUAGCAAAAUCACAUGAAAUUUUGAUAACAGUUGAAGAAGGAUCAAUUGGGGGCUUUGGAUCUCAUGUUGCCCAUUUUCUGGCCCUUGAUGGUCUUCUUGAUGGCAAGCUGAAGUGGCGACCGCUCGUUCUUCCCGAUAGGUACAUCGACCAUGGAUCCCCGGCUGACCAGUUGGUACAGGCUGGUCUAACACCAUCUCACAUUGCAGCAACAGUAUUCAACAUACUUGGAAAUAGAAGAGAAGCUCUUCAAAUAAUGUCAUCAUAGAGAAAGUGGAAACAUUCCAGUUUUGCACUUUGCAAUAUUGUAAAAUAGAACAACAGCAAGAUCUAUUGUCAUCUUCCAUUUGUGUAUGAUAUGUAAUUUCAGAAUCAAUAUUGCAGCAUCAUGUAACAGCACCAACUUCGAUUAGAAUCAAUGAAAUAUAUAUAUAUACAUCUGUUUGAAUUUCA